GGUUGUCGCCUUUGAGUCAAACGCUGCAAUUGUUGGAGUAUCAGAACGUUCGUGUCUCAGCCUUGAAUUAGCAUUGGCAACGCCGCUAAACCAGAAAUAUCUCAAGAGAAAGAUAAACAGUCUGACAACAGGGAUUGCUACAAACUAUGAAGCGGCACUGACAAAAGCGUUUGAUGUUUUUGAAUCGUCUUAUAAUAUCUUAAACGAACAGGUAAUACUGUUUCUAACAGAUGGGAAAAGAACGGCUGGUGGUGAUCCACUAACAACGAUAGCACAAAGAAAUCAAAAACUCGGGAACAGAGUUAUGAUCUUUACCUACGCUCUUGGGAAUUCUUUUGAUGCGACGGACAAAACGUUGUUAGAAAAUAUGGCUGCUCAAACUCAAACGAAUCCUUCAUUUGGAGUAAUCAAGGGAGGCGAGUACAAGCAGAUUAUAGAUCCUAGUCUCCUAAGAAGUUCUAUGGCGUCCUACUACAACAGGUUCAGCAGUAAUGAAUAUCGGACUGAACCUGUCUUCUCAGUACCUUACAUAGACUUCUUCGGAUUAGGUCUGAUCACGUCAGUAUGUUUACCUGUGUAUAGAGGUUCAGGAGAUCUGAUGGGUGUGUCUUGCUCUGACGUCACGAUGGCGGAUCUUCUCUCAGACAUAACAUAUUUUCACGAGGGAGACUUAUCUUAUGCGUUCAUCAUAGACCAGUAUGGCCGCACACUUAUGCAUCCUCAACUACCCCAACUCUCAUCUGUAAAAGACGACCCAAUCUUUGUCCACAUCGAAAAUCUAGAGAGAUCAUCUGGUGCAGCGACUGUCAUUCAAGAAAUGUUGAAGCAUGUCAUGUCUUCUGUUUAUCCUGUUGAUAAGAAAAAUGAGCGAAGGUUAGCGGCACGGUGCUUUGAAGUGGUGUAUUUUUACUACAGGGGGACAACUAACAAGACAAAAUUCAAUUCACAACGGAUGAUUCCCCGUGGCAGUGUAUUGUAUGAAGGCAUUGAGACCCGUUCUGUUAUAUCUACCUAUGCGUGGGGUUCGGUGCCUAACAGUAACCUAUCUAUGGCGAUAGUUGUUGGGGAAGGAGACACACUGGCUCGGCUCAAGCAUAUGACACCCAACGGUGACGUCUUUAACUACCACAGACUGGACUGGGACAACUCUCCCGGAACUUCCUUCUGCAAGCAUUUCAACAGAUAUUCAACCAAAGAUUAUUCAAUAACUAUGUUAACACCUGGGGCAUUUAAAGAUCCAAUUAACUACCUUAACACAGAGGAAACUAAAGCAAUAGUAACAAGAUAUGAGAAUUUUCUCCGAGGUACUACAACUAUCAACCCUGGAUUGAAGGACUCUGUGACCAACUCCGUGACCUUGACCUAUCAGGCAGAGCAGAUGUGGAAGGCCAAUCAGGAGCAGGAACAACUUGUGCUGUGGCGGUAUAUUGGUACCACUGAUGGCAUCAUGCGGCUUUACCCUGGUGCGCAGCUUCCAAAGAAUUCCGACCACACCCGCAGACCAUGGUUUAUCAGAUCUGUUGCGCUAAAAGGGAAGAUAGUUUUCAGCAGUCCAUACCUUGACCAGUGGUCUUUGGGCUAUGUCAUUACCGUCUCUACAACCAUCCAGGAAAAGAGUACUGGUAGUUCAACGCCUGUAGUUGCUGUCGCGGGGACAGACUUCCGUGUUCCUUUCAUGUAUCAACUUUUACUGAGCUCUUACUCUAAAUGUUCAGAGACAACAUACAAUUGUCUGGUAGUAGAUAGCAGCGGGCUCGUUGUUGUACACAAGGAUUUUGUGGAGUUCACAGGCGAACCAAUGAUUGAAAAUAUGCAUAUAACACAAAAGGAACCAACGAUUGCUGAGGAUUUGCUUACCAAUCAACUCAUGAUAAAAACCAGUUGUCUAGAUUUCGAGAACAUCAAAGAACAGUUUUCUUACCGAAUCAGUUUGUCAAGCAGCUCUGAUAGGAUGAGCAGUUCAGCUGGCUAUGAAAUACAUCCGGUCGCCGAUACGAACAUAUUUGUAAUCAUCAAGAGGAUUCCUUCAUCAUCUCAGAGUUCAUGUUGUACCUCCUAUGGCGUUUCUCCCGACAAGCGGCUGUGUGGUACAAUAUCCUGUGACUGCCUGUGUUAUAAACAAACAUUUUUCAACUAUUGUUUGGACACGUAUCCAUUAUUGAGAGACACUGCCCCCACCUGCAGCCCACAGCCUCCCGACCUAUCAACUGCGGGCCUGGCAGAUACUGAUCGGGUAAAACACCUGGGCAUCUGUUUUGAUGCUCAAUGCUCAGGAAGAUCCACGAAAGGAGGAUGUCACAAUGUGUCGGGCUGUAGCUGGUGCUACCUAGACAAUGUCAACGAUACUCUAAGUAAACCAUCUUGUGGAACAGUUUACACUUGUCAACAUGGAGCUCUUGCAACAAGUGAUCCUAACUGCUCUGGCAAUUCCUGCGGGGAUGAGGAUGGAGGAGGCAGUGUUGGUAUCAUUGCUGGUGUGAGUAUUACUAUCCUUAUCGUAUUAGCUAUAGUAAUAGGAACAGUAUUAUGGAGGCGGAAACAAGCUGGAGCUAGCAGCAGCUCUCCUAGUCAGAUAAAUGGUGUUGCUAACCCUGCCAUGUCAACAUCGCCAGCUCCAUCCAAUAAUGCACAGCCAAUGUCAACAUUUGCAUCAUGGGAACCAGGACCGUCAGCACCCCCUAUGUAUCCUCCUACAUAUGAAGAAAGCACUUCACACCAACACUGGUAAAUGCUAUGUACUUGAAAAGUGUAACGACUGUUUAAAUCUCUCGAUCUUUGGAUUUUAUUUUUGUAAAGUGAAAUCAAAAACCGUUGCUUUCCGACAAAGAUCAGGACAAAACCAAUAUUAGUGAAUUCAGCUGUACUCUUCUCAUUUAUCGUAUCGAUAACUUCCCAAACUUAUACGGAAAAAGGUGUGAUGUUUUGUUUUUAUUCAGAGAAAAUGUAAUGGUUUCUCGCUGAAUACCAUAAAUUAUUUUUAUGAAAAGUUCUUUUUACACAACCAAUAUGAGUUUCUUUGUGACGUUUCGAUGACUAGUACGGU